ACUUCUUGAUUUCAGUCACCACAAAACACUGGAUUUAUAAUAAUUGAAACCCUUCAUCUAUCAGCCCACUCAUCGCUUCCCAGUUGCGAUUCAUAACAAUGGAAAUUCUCAAAGACUCUUCAUCAUAUGACGUAUUUUUAAGUUUUCGAGGUGUUGAUACCCGUCUCAGCUUCGUUGAUCACCUCCACAACGCCCUCCUGGAAGCUAAUCUCAAAACCUUUUUGGAUGAUGACGAGAUAGAGACCGGAGAAGACCUGCGACCGGAAUUGGAGUGGGCGAUUAAAUCAUCCAGGUCUUCUAUUAUAGUGCUGUCCACAAAUUACGCUUCUUCAACAUGGUGUCUUGAUGAACUUGUGUUGAUCCUUGAGCAACGUUUGACCGCGGAUCAACUGGUUAUCCCUAUCUUCUAUCAUGUGGAGCCGACUCAUGUCAGGAAGCAAGAACGUAGCUUCGGAGUUGCGAUGGCAGUACAUAGACAGAGAAUGGAGGCAGAAGUGGACACUGAGAAAAGAAGUCUGCUGGCUAAAAAAAUUGAUCGAUGGAACAAAGCGCUUAUAGAAGUCGCUCAGUUAAAAGGGAUGGACGCCAAAGGCAGGAAAGAGACAGAGUUUAUCGGGGAGAUUGUAAGAAACAUCCACCGCAGGUUAGCUGGAUCCUUACAAUGUACGCUACCAUUACUUUUUGGGAUGGAAGAUUCCAUUGAAUUCAUUACUUCAUGGUUGAAAGAUGGAUCCUCGCAUAACGCAGACAUUCUCACUAUUUUGGGUAUGGGCGGGAUUGGCAAGACAUCUUUAGCCAGAUAUGUCCAUGGGUCACAUUAUCGUUUAUUUGCUAAAAGCAGCUUUAUCGAAUGCGUCGGAGAGAAAUGUGCCACACUAAACGGACUAUCUGACCUACAAAAACAGCUUUUUGGUGACAUUUCAAAAACAAAUCAGAUUCAAGUAAAUAAUAGCUUGGCAUACACAUCUAUGAUCGAGAACGGAUUAACUCGUAAGAAGGUGUUUAUAGUUCUUGAUAAUAUUGAUACUGUCGACCAGUUGUACGCAUUACUUGGAAAGAAAGGUUUUUAUCCGGGGAGCAAAAUCAUAAUAACCACCAAAGAUGCAUCAUUGAUAGAGAAAUAUGCACCAAUCAACUUGUUAGUUAAACCAAAGCAUACAAAGUUGUUACUUAAAGGCCUACAUAAGGAAGCAGCAUUACGACUUUUAAGUCAUCAUGCAUUCAUGAGCAACUGUCCCAAUGACGGUUAUGAAGAUGUUUCAAAACAACUUAUGGCGUAUUGUAAAGGACAUCCUUUGGCUCUUAAAGUUUUGGGCGAGUCUCUAUGUAAUAAAACAGUAGCUGAAUGGGAGGGUUAUAUAAUUGGGCUGAAAAAAGAAACUGAUUCACACAUUAUGAACGCCUUGAAGGUUAGCUUGGACUCUAUGCAAUCCAACAAUGAUAAGGAAUUGUUUAAGCAUAUUGCUUGUUUUUUCGUUCAGAAAGACAAAGUCUUUGCUGAAACAAUAUUGGAGUCAUGUGGUAUCCGCACUACAGGGAUCAGAAAUCUCAUUGAUAGAUGCCUUCUUACGAUCGACCAAGAUAACAUUUUAAUGAUGCAUCAAUUGAUUCAGGAGAUGGGAAGAGAUGUAGUACGUCGAGAAUCACCUAACAGGACAGAGGAGCGCAGUCGAUUAUGGUGUUAUGAGGAGUCAUUCAAUGUGUUGGAAGAAAACAAGGGUACAAGAAAUAUUAAGGGCCUCGUCCUAGACAUGAAAAUGCUUGAGAGAGAGAUGUUAUGUGGAUCAGUUGAGUUAGAGACGUCUGCAUUGAGUAAGAUGCCUAGCCUAAUGCUACUAGAACUCAAUUUUGUGCAACUCAGUGGGUGUUAUAGGAACUUUCCUAAAAAAAUAAGAUGGUUGUGUAUGCAUGGGUUCCCUUUAAAGUCUAUACCUUUAGACUUACCAAUGGAGAAUCUGGUUGCUCUUGACAUGUCCUAUAGCAAUAUUGAAUAUUUUGACAUGUCUUAUAGUAACCCACAACCACCUGCAAAGAGGCAAAAGGUAACCUAUUCGUGCUCAACAGACAAAAGGUUGCUUGGAUCAUUGAAGUUUCUUACUUUGAGUUUCUCUGAACAUCUCAGUAGAAUCGGUGGUUUUUCGGAACUCCCUGCACUUCAGAGGUUAAUUGUAAUAAAAUGCACAGGUUUGACUGAUAUCUGUGAAUCAGUCGACCAAUGUGUUGAACUUGUCUACAUUGAUCUGAGUUACUGCAAAAAGCUUAAAAACGUCCCAGAAACGAUAGGUCGGUUAAAGAAGGUCACAAAAUUAUUACUAGAUGGUUGUGAUCUUGCUGAACUUCCAACAAAGAAAACGAUAAUGGAUUCAUCGGAAGUGUUUGGGGCUAAGAUCGUUAGCUUAAACUCACAAAAGUUAUACUCCAUUGUGGAGACUAUACCGAAGUUUGUUGUGAUAUCUUUACCGAGCUCAUUAGUUAGGUUGUCGCUUGCACAUAAUAAUUUGUCCAAUGAAGCAUUUCCCAUGGACUUCAGUUGCCUAUCCAUGUUAAAGGAUUUAUGUUUGGACGGCAAUCCCAUUGUUUCCCUGCCCAAUUGUGUGAGAACCCUUCCUAGGCUUGAGACACUGGGUAUGAGCAAUUGUCUAAAGCUUAAGUCAGUCGAGCAUCCUCCAUGUACCUUAAGACAAUUGAAUCUUUAUAACAGUUUUUGGAAUACUGAUUAUAAACAUUUGCUACGGAAAAUUGCCUUUGAUCCAGAAAUGGCCCCGCUCGAGUUUAUAGCUGACAUGAAUAUAUUAGCACCUUCUUCGUUUGAAAUUGAAGGGAUGAUCAAAAUCCAACCUCUGGUAUGUGUUAAGCCAGCGGUAUUAUGUAGUUUGGGCUGGGGAUCACUGUUUAUUAACGGAAAUAAGUUCGUAGUAACGAAUUAUAAUUAUAGAGGACAAAAGAAAUCUCAAAUCCAGAUGUAUUAUGAAUUUGGAAUAUUCAGCACCAUUUAUACUUCGAUGCGAAUGCAAGGCGGGAUUACGCAUAUAAGCAAUGAGCCAUCUCUAUCAAUUACCAUUCCAUCACAUUAUGGCCUGCUUAAAGGACUGAAUUUCUGCUAUGUAUUGAGUUUGUGUGAAAUUGAAUUGCCCAUCAUCAAAAUUAAAAAUAUUACAAAGAAGCGUACCUGGAUAUACAAGCAUUAUAUUAAAUCAGUCACUGUAGAUGGACUUGAAGGGUUACCAACAUUUUUAAGCCACUGGAUGUUUGGGGAGAAGGAGAUGGAAGUUGGUGACAGGAUUACCAUAACUCUAGACAUGUGUUGUGGAGAUCAUAUAAACAUGUGUGGGGCGGGUUUCGUAUAUGAUGAACGACCAGAACUUUUAGCUUAUUACAAGUCGCGAAAUCACACAAUUGGUGGAGAUCUUUCUUAUUACAAGUCGUGGAAUCACAUAAUUGGCGGAGAUCUUUCUGCUUUUCAAUUAAUAACAGGAGAAUAUUUCCUACACUCAGUGGAUUUCUUAAGAAAUUUAUUUUCUAGUACCUUCUUCAAUGCCCAUUACAAAGAAAAGAUGGUUUCUUUUAUUGCUUUCUCGCCACAGAAGUCCGACAGACUUGGUCAUGCAAACGAGCAUGUUCAUGUAAAUAACAAUAACAGAUUUCAGGAACCGCCUUCCAUUAAAGAUGAGGAAAUGUUUUAUUUUGAUGAAGGAAGGAGAAUGGAGGCUGACAUACGAACGAGGGUGGUACACAAGGUGAACGGUUUUGAGGAAGAGAAUAAGCUGGAAGAGGAGUGGAACAAGGAGUUGGAUAUUUAUUUCCAAAACCUCUGCUCACCGCCCAAGUACAUAACCCGUGAAGCGGACUACAAUCGCCUCAAGUCUUGUUAUGAUAUCCUGAUAAAGAGACUCGAAGCUAAGGUAACCAAGUCAAACAUCGUUGUCUGGGUGUGUCAAAUUUAUGGCAUCAAAUACUCACACUUCAGAAAAUACCCAAAACCAAAAGUUUUAUUAACCCGGAAGAAGAACUGAACAAUAUAAAUAUGAACUAAGAAAUCUCAACACUCUAACUCUCAUAAGACCAUCAACAUGACGAUCUUAUCUAAACGAUAUAAAGACUCACAACGAUCUGUGAAUCAACACGAUUCACUGAUAACCGAGAGAGAACCCUGAAGUGUAUGAGAGAUAUUUUCUGUAUAUUGUGUCUCAAUACACACUUCUGUUUAUCUAGGCCCAUUUGUCAACAUAACAACCCAGCUGUGCUUUUGGGCCUUCAACGAUUCAGCAACACAACAGGCCCAUUAUAUCAUCAGUCCAACUGUUCCACUGUUCCAAUGCCCAGCUACAAGCCUGCUCCAUUUCAGCCCGCUUGAAUCAACGUACAAUAAUCCAGCAAGCCCAACGAACAUACAAAAAUAAAAAAAACAAUAAUAUUAAUAUUAAUAAAAUGUUUGGUAAAAAACUGGAACAAAUAUAGUAUUAUUUUAACACCGCCCCUCAGUUGCAUUACCAAACACAUCAAACAAACUCAAGUUUUUUUUUACUUGGACAUGUUGACUAACUAACAAACCUUUUGAACAGCCAUCAUAGUUAUACACAUUAAGUCAUGUAGAAAGUGAAUAAAAAAACAUUAGAAGUACAAACACAUGAUUUUUUAAGUUUUCGAAGCUUGAUUUUUUUUAGCUACCAAUGUCAUCAGCACUUGCAUUCCUUCAAAUUUGCCACUCCAAUAUCGACCUACAUGAUGUAUCCUAAAAAAUGGAAAAAACAAUUGUUGCACUAGCAAUAACCGCAGCAACUAUCAUUCCAAUCAACACUAGAUCCACUUCUCCAGUUUAGAAUUAAUUCAGGUUAACUUGUGACACUUUACAUAUAAGAAGCUUAAUUUCUCACUAGAGAUUGAAAAUAAUAAAAUACGUUGCCAUAACAACCGUUUUUUUUAUAUAGUCAAGGGCAAGAAACAAUUUCCUGAAUCCCACAAAGAAAAACAAAUCAAAAGAAUAUCCUGAUUAUACAUCGAAUCACAUGAUUUAAUAUAACCAUAUGAGAAACACAUCUCAUAACUCACAAUAGUCACAAGACUCUAUGAAUCUUAGAACCAUAUCUAAAAUUCAUGUAAAACAACCGUUAAGAAUUUGAUUUAUCAAAAAACUUUUACGACUUUACAAAAAAAUGAAUCACGAGAUCUAAAAACCAUGUCUGAUAAAACAAGAAGAAUCACACAAUUCCUCAUCAGACAACAAUGAUUACAGCCUAAAAAUUCUGAUAAACCACAAAAUGGCAUGAUUUAAAAACCAGAAAAAAUCUCUUACACAAGAGACAACACACAAGGCUAUAACAAUUAUCAAGAAACAAUCUUGAACCGAUACAUCAAACCACAUGGUUCAAUAGUAAAAAAAAACCUUUAAAUCUUUUUGGCAAACCAAACAAGAUAAACAAUAUGCAAUUUACUUUGUUUAUUGAAUAAAAAUUAUAAUGUCAUUUCUGAACAUACUAGGACAACAAACAAAGAAUCAUACACAUAACAAAUCUGAACAAAAACAUCUAAAACACUCAAACAAAAAACGCACAGCUCACACUUAGAUCACCAACAAGACGAUCUAUUCUCACACAACACUCGAACUAACAGGUUUAUGAACCAAUAUAUGCUCAAACCCUAGAACGAUAUGAGAGAGAGAGACUACAGAAACGUAUGAGUGAAACCAUAAUAGAAAAUGCAAGACUUCCUGCACAACUCAACUAAAUUUAACAGAUGAUCAGUUCUACACAAUGACGAACUACGAUCAUAGCCAUAAAUCUAGAACACGAGAGAAUAAAAAAGAACCAGAAAAAUGCACUUUUCUAAUCAAACAGUGAAUCACAUGAUUCAAUUACAAUAUGCAAAUCAUAUACGAUAAAAACAAGAGACAUGCGACUUUUAAAGAUAAAUUUUGAAUCACACGAAUCAAAACCAAAUCAAAAAAGAAGAGGAUUCAUGUCAAAACCUUGUAAACAGAAUAAUACAACAUAUCCAAAAAACAAGGCAUCAUAUGAUUACAUAACAACACCAGAUACACAUCUGAUGACACAUAAAAGUCACAUGACUUUUAAACAGACAAUGAAUCACAAGAUCCAUAGCAAAUCUGAUAAACAAGAAUCACACGACUCUUCGUCAGAUCACAAUUAUAUAGGUUAAACACUUUUCAAAGUAACUAAAAAGAUCACAUCACUUUAACCCAAAAAAAAAAAUGUUUCCCACAAGGAAAAACAAACAAAGUUGUCACAGACGUCAAGAUAAAAUCUAGACAUAUACAGUUAGUUAACAGUACCGUCAUCAUUAUCAACGAUGCGAUAAUCUGAAAUACAUAUAGCAACUAGAACUCUAAAGAUCGAUGAGUUACACCACAUUAACGAUACUUUACCAUCAAAUAUGGUUCCAAGAAACCCAUCAAGGCGCAGUUAAAGUCGAAAGACAAAUUUACCAUUGUUCGUGACAAAAGUGCAAAACAAAAAACUUGAGAACAAUAAUAGACCUUGAGAGAGUUACUACUAGCAACAUUACAAAAAAACCAGGUUUCAACACAUAAACACAUAAUCUGUCUCACAAACUAUAUAUCAUGUUAAACAACACUCAAUUAUGACAAACACUAUUAUUACUAUGAUAAUCAAUCUUCUGACCUAAUGACUACAACAGAUUCAUAAAAAUCAAUAAGCGAGCUUUAGAACAGUGAAUACGUUCGAAAGAACAAUAGAGAACACAUGUCAAGUUUCAUGGAUAUCAACAGAGAACAAACAUAGAACUCAAAAUACCCAAACAUUUUCGAUUAUAAAAUCCUAAAACUUUCAGACGAUUACACCAGAUUCAAACCCUAACGACUAGAACGAUUAUCAACACGAUAUUCUUCUAUAACAACGAACAAAAACAAACAAACAAAUCAAGUUCAGAAUGAAUCUGUUCUUACAAAACCCUAAUUGCAAAGCUUAGAGAAAAAAUUUAAAUCGCCAAAAAUUGGAAAACAGCAACAUGCACUUACAACACAAACAUACAUUCAUCUUAAUGAGAACUGCAAUAAUUUCAAAUUAACCAAAAACACUAUACAAAAUUACCAUUUAUAUAGCAAUUAAAGGCUAACCUAGAGUAAACUUGACCUAAAUACAAUUCCUCGAAAAACCGAAUUAAACAACCAAGUAAGGACCACAGAGUUACAUCUUUCCUAUUGAGUAGCAAGAGUUUCAUUAACUUCUUGUUUCACAAGAGACCCAUCAAUAAACCAAUCUUAGUUUUAACUCACAAAGCAAGAGUCAUAGCGUUAGCCCAAACCUUAUAAUUCUCAGUCCCUUUUAGUUUUAUAAUAACAAUAGUUAAAUGCGUAGAAUCACUAGCAUGCAGAUAUAGAGGAUCAUCAGGUUCAAGCUUACUAAUCAAGGUCUCACCAAACAAGUUCACAAAAUUAGCCAUUUAAAACAGUUAUCAACAGAUCAGCAUAAAGAUGCACAAAUUUUACACGUAACAGACUAACAACAAGACUAACAACAAUUAGCGAAUCUGUGCCAGGGGCAAGAUGGUAGGUUCAUCACUCAAUAGGUGCCUACCCAAGUCUUUGCACAGAUGCUAACCCUAAAUCAACACCCGUAAUGAAUAACCAACAAAACCAGUACUAAACAAAUGCAACACAAAAAAUAAUCAAGACACAAGAAGACAGAAUCACAGAGUGAACCCUCUCUGUAUCCCCCAAAAAAAAAACAACCGGUCCUCACUACCCCGGCAUCAAACAACUAAAUCAACAGCAACAAAGAAAAAAAUGAAAAUAACAGAUAGGACCAGACUCACAAUGCAAUGGAAACAAAAAAAGUAAAGAGAGGGAAACAAGGAAAGAUCUCACCGAAAGCAUUUAACUCCACGCGGAUCAGAUUUGCAGCCUUCACUUAGGGAUGAAUCCUUCACCACUAAUACAAGAUCCUUCCGCACUCAGCAGAAACCUUCAAGACUUCCCAACCCCUCGAUUAGGGUUUCAAUGUCAAAAAACCCUCAACUCUUGUACACGAAUUCCAAGAACCAGGACCAACCACAAGGAACCGUCGCCGGCCAUCGGAGAUCAGAUUUAAUUUGAUUGGCGAUAUCGAUCUAAACAUCAUGGGGUUUGUUGUUAAAACCCUAACUUUCAUCGUGACCAGGAUCAUUGCCUGCUUUUGCACACGUGUCUGCUGCAAUAAAGGCCCUUCUGCGAAUCUGUUCCACCUUACAUUGGUGAUUACUGCUACUAUGUGUUGUUGAAUGAUGUGGCCAAUUGUUUAUCUUGCACAGAUGAACCCACUCAUAGUCCCAAUUUUGAGUGAAGAAGAAUGAAGCAAUCUCAGAAAUAAAAUGCAGUAAUGACGAGGUAUGGUACUAGACCCGACCCGAGUGGUCGGACUCUCUUAUUAUUUAUCACUUUUAUAGUAAUUAUAUGUUAUUAUUGCGUACUAACCCGCGAAGCCCAGCGCGCUGUAGUUUGUAUACUACACUAGGCUGUGGGCUCGUAGAGACAACCCCUAACUGGGCCUGGCCCAUUGAGGUUAGGGUUUUCCCAUAUCUCCUAUAUAAGAAGGUUUCCACCUCCUUAUUAGGGCAUGAGAUAUAGGGCAAUACUUUUGUAGCUGGAAAUAGGGGAUUCUUCCUCUACCGGCCGUCUCUACGAUUGCCCUCGUUUCUCUCUUAUUAUUUGCAGGUCUAGGAUUCGGGCGAAGAAGACGAGAUGUGGCCAGGUUCGUAUUCAUCACCGUAGAAGUUCUGACCCGCUCAGGUCAUUGCUUCUUCAUUGGCGCCAUCCGUGGGACCGACAACAAUCUCAUCUCGUUUUUCCACUCGAUCUUCAGACUUGUGCUUUUCAUACAAGGUAUUCUUGAUCUUAAACUUUGGAUCAGUGUCGGUGGAACUCAAAAAGUUACCUUUGGGUAAGCACGACCUGUAGAUCCAAAACUCCACAUAUGCUAUACGAAGUCUUUUCAUUAAAACCACUCAAAAUUUAUCACAAAUCUAACAGAACUGUGAGCAAAAAUUUUUACAUAAUCCCAAAAUCUUUUGAAGUUUGGGAUUGGAUAUUACAUGGGGGGCCCAAACAUAAAUUUUAUUGGAUUUAUUGUCUUAUAAAAUUCAUGCUAACUUCAUUGUUUUGGUUAGUAUAUUAUUUUCCAUGAUGAUACGCAUGUUUUCGUCGUAAUCAUGCAAUUAACUCCAAGCGGGCAGACGUCUUUUAUCUACCUGCACCACUUCGGAGUACAGCUUAAUCAUCCCGCCGUUUAUGGCGGAUACUUUUGUUUAUCACGCCGUGUUCGGCAAACACAUUUAUUCAACCCGUUAGCUAUGACGGGAGCCUUUUGUCCAUACACACAGUCUUUAGCGGAAGUCUUAAUUCUACCCGCCGAUCCAGCGGGUGUCACUGUCGUUGCUCACGCCAUCCCCGACGAACACCAUUCCCAAUCGCCAUGUUAGGCCGACGAAUCUUUUUACCCAAUCGCCACCUAGGCCAUUGAAUUUCCUUAUGUGGGCAGAUUUAGCCACGCCACCACUGUUACUUGCAUAUUGUUUGCUAAAGCCGCCAUCCGCCCAUAUCGGAUACCCGCCGUCAAUGGCAGACAACUCGUUCACGCCGUUGCGCAUAUUGGCGACCCGCCGUCAUCAGCGGAUAUCUCUUCCAUGUCGUCGCGCACAUCAAAUGCUCGCCGUCAAGGGCAGACACCCGUUCGCGCCGUCGCGCAUAUCGGAACCGUCCGUGGGACAGACACGAACCACAUCUUGUUAUUCUUCCUUAUCCAAAUUUCAACUACAAGCGGGUACUGAUCGGUUGCUGUGUAGGGUAAAUAUUUACUUUCUUUCUGUGAUACAAGUUUGUCAAAAGGGGGGACGACAAAGACAUGUGAAACAAAUUUAUUGACAAGGGUUUUUACAAAAGCAAAACAAAUUGCAAGAUUCUCUUACGUCAUUGAAACCCUAGAUGCUCAUCUAAUUAAUUAUAUAGUUAACUAUAUAGAGCUCAUGGGGUAAUUAGCAACUGAGAAGAAAGGAAACUUGUUUGAGCCUUAUAAUUUUAAAUUGCUAGCUGUCAUGCAUCCUUUGUCAAAAGGUUUACAAUCGUAAACAACCUGCUAGGCAUGUGCUUGCUUUCUUUUAAACAUACAAGUCAUAUACUUCUUGUUUUCCUGAUAAAAUAGAUAGCCCAUUUUCAUAACCGUAAGGGGCCACGACUCACAGGCGCAUGGUUAAGGAAGCCUCGUGCUCGUCAGUCAUACUCCGCCGCCGCGUAUAAAUUCGGCCGCACGAAUAUACCAGUCGUCGGACACACUCCACCUACCUAACAUACUUCGUCAUCGCGGGUAAACUCCGUCGCGCGAGUAUUCCGGCUGCCGGACACGCCCGCCGCCCGAGUACACGCCGCUUGCCGAACACACUCCGUCGUGUGCGCGAAUACACAACGCUUGCCGGACAUUCUCUAGACGCAACCUGUGGCCACGCGGGUGCGCCCUCGCUUGUUGGGCACACUUCGCCGCCGUGCAAGUAUGCUCCGCCGCCACCCGGGUACACGCCGCUUACCGGACACUCUCUGUCGCCGUGCGAGUAAACCUCGCCUGUCGGACACGCUCGUCCGUGGGACCGACAACAAUAACAUCUCGCUUUUCUCACUUCAAUCUAUAGAUCUGGGUUUUUUGAGAUCUACAGACGAUUUGUUAGAGCAAGAACGAUCAGUUCCAUGCCUUCUGAAGUUUUUAUUUGUGUGGGUGGGGUACAAGAAUUCCUUACUCACUUGAAAAAGUCAUGUACAGGUUGAAAAGCACGGAAUUAUACCAUAUGUAUAGCCAUGAUUUGAACACUAACUCUUAUUAUUAAUUCAUGAACUUCAAGAAUCUCACAUGGGCCUUGGACCAACUCACGUUGACUACUGCUUUCGAGUUGAUUAAUUAAAGCUAACAUGCCUUAAUAUGGAUGUCCAACACUAGCUGGCAUAUAGGCUUACCUUGUGCCAUAAGCCGCCCAAUAAACACCCAACUUUCACCAAAGAUCAAACCUGGACAAUACUUACACCCAUAAUUAUUUGUAGUCACGGUUCAUGAUAAACCUAGAAACGUGAGUUUUUUCUUCGUCAAAUUUCUCAAACUGCUUAACAUUAUUCCCGAUGAUUUAGUUUAUCUUAUUUAAACGGAGAAUGGGCAUUACGCUUCCGCGGGAACCAGCAUAUGUCGGAUUUGCUCGAGUCGCGUACGGAAAAUUCCCGAGCAUGACCUCUCUUUCCGACAUCUUGGGCGGGCAACCAUCUUGGUCGCGCCGUCUCUGGCAGACAAUAGCUUUGGUCGGGCCAUCUCAGGUGGAUGGUUAUCUUGGUCACGCCACCCCCGGCAGCAGAUAAAGUCACUCCGGCGGAUUACCAUCAUAUUCCCACUACCUAUUACCCCACUCCUCCAACUCCGGCGGGUUACAAUUACGUCCGCCCGAGGCCUAUCUCCGACGGACUACCAUACCAUUCCGCCAUCCAUAGCAGACCACCGUCACAAAGUUUGCCCUCCUUGGUACAACCUGGUUCACGCCGUAGAGAUCCGCGCGGCGUUGUUCAUUCCACCGACUUUCAAUAAAGAUCGUCCACACACAUGAGACGUUUGUUAGAUGAUCGCCAUGUCGCGCCAUCUCAUGGCCAGGUAGCACCCUUCUUGAUAAAUGGUGAUUGUCGUCAUAUUGCCUCUUUGCGCGCUGCCGGCGUUCGGGCCCUCACGCCACCUAGUUUGCAUCACCGGCCCUCACGCCACCCAGUUUGCAUCACCGACCCUUUACGCCAUGUGUGUUCGCCCACCGGCACUCAUGCCACCAGCCCUCGCGCAUAAGUUAUAAAUGGGCUUGACGUCUUCACCGAAGAGGACGCUGAUCGCCUAGUUUCUAGUCAUUGAGAUAAGUCUUUUAACUCCUAUCCACGCAUAUACUUUGAAAAGGCAUGGAGUCCAUCAUGCUGCUUAAACUUUUUACCCAUAGUUUUGUUGAUAAUCAUUACACGUCGGUACAAUUUCACCGAGUAAUAUAAACCUGCACCGAGUGCAUAGGGCCCCGACGAGUGUGCUCUUUGUUCACUCAGUGACCACGGUGGACAGCUUUCCUUGUCACUCUUACUUAAUUCGACGCCUUUUCCGCAGUCGUGAAGUCUCCGAUGGAUCUAGCGGUACAAUAAUAAUAGCAAAAAUAAGAAAAAUAUAAACAGGAUAUACAGCACUAAAAGCUAAGCCUAUCAACAUCCAUACGCUUUGUAACAUGUAUGGUUAAUUCAUGGGUGUAUGAAUAGCUUUUCAAUUAGGUGAAUCCUUUGUCUACAUUGGUUCUAGUAAAAUUUGCAGCUUUAUACGGCUUUCAAAUAAAAGCUAGACUUGAUUAUGUUAUUUGUACAAUACUCCUAACAUAUUUGGCUGCCUUGAACUUUGGGAGCGAGCAUAGUGUAGUAUCGUUGUGAUAUGACUACAUCAAAAACGGCAAAUACGCUUUGGACAUCAUGGCUCACAUACCAAAUGGAAAUCGAAGCGGAACUUACGGGCUUUUGCGCCAUCUGGUUCAUACCACCUGCCUUCAAGACAUCAGACAAGUAUCAGGAUAACACAAAAGUUGGCACGACCUUGCGGACGAGCAAUCAUCUAAGCACGCCUUUGCAUCGAAAUGGGGAUCAACACGGUGUAAGGUUAUUAUUACCGAUCCUCAUUAAACACGGUCAUAAUCUUCACGAAGCCCAGGAUAUACACCAAAUGUCCCUAUUCAGGAAUGGUGAUAGGUGAUGUGGACGUUGUUCAGUAAUGAUUGCCAGACGUUCUGGUUGGCACACCAAAUGAUUCGCAUCCAAAGACACAACUUUGGAUAAAUAAUUCUUUAAAGGUGCUUACGAGUCGAUAUUUACAUUUGGCUUCUUAACAAAAUCAAGAACAACGCGGAUAACACUGGCUUUAGAUGUCAGAACAUGAUUAUAUUGGUAAUGGUGUGAAUAAGAAUGUCUUCACCCAUCACCAUGGGAAGAACCUUUUGGUUUAUAGGGGUUACUAUCGACAACAUCGCAUCAGCUGUAAGUCACACCAGCAACGAAGCAUCAGUCACGAGUCAUAUCUACAAAGAACAUAUGUUGUCGUGCUAUAUCUAGGUCACCUCGUCCUCUUGGCAGCACGGCCUCUCGUCGAAAAGUAUGUGUGCCGCACAGCCUACUCUUGCUCGUGCCAGCUUACCACGCUACUUACUGGCCACCUCACCUGCUUUGCAUGCCGGCACCUAGCCAUGCCACCUUUUCGCUGGGUCACUUCGCAUCCCGACUACCUCUUGGCCAUACUACUCGCUCAAUGGACCGCCUCUUUGUUGAGCAUGUGCAAGAGACAUCUCACUGAACUGGGGGACGAGCAGGGUAUAGCGCCACUACGCCUUAAAAGUGAUCAUCUUCUCUUUGGCUACCCAUUAAGAUGACAUCCACUGCACAUUAUCCCGCAUCGGUUCUUAUAUAAUGUGGGUGUUUUCAAUACACCAUAUGAUAUUUAUACUUCUCACAUCAUUUGGCCUACGACUAUACCACUUGACACGCAUAUGCAAUUUGGUAGUCAAGACAAACGCACGACAAAACUAGUAUACUUGACUAUUCGAAUAAGUGUUCCACACGCUAUGCGACAGGAAAAAUACUUAUUCGGAUAUGUAUUCUCCACACCAGUCUGCGACAUGGAUAAAAGAAAACCCUCAUGCCACAGUCGGCGAGGUAAAUAGACAUGCCGCCUACUAUAAGCAUUCCACGCGCCAGUGCGCGUUUAGGAAAGGCAUGUAGUAGCUUACAUAAAGUGCUCAUUCACGCCUAACGCGUAUAAAGCAUUUUAUUAUCUCAACGAGUGUUCACUCAUGCCAAGCGCGUAGGAAGCACUGUGUUGUUCAAGUGUUCAUUAACGCCGCGCGGGUUAUAAAGCACUUUCUGAUAUCUACAAGUGUUCAUAUAAACAUUUGUAAACACAACAUACCACCGCAUUUGAACUGCAUAUCACGGUAAAAAACAACCCUGACACGAAAUAUUUUUCAUAACAACAAAGUCAGAUGAUCAAAUUAUACAGCGCUAAGAGUGGGCAUCUUGGUAACAGAUGUAUUCAGCCACUACUACUCCAGUGGGUAUCUUGGUAAUAGAUGCACAACCACUGAUGAAAAACCAAGUACUUGUCCCACAAUUAUACAAACAUUGUGGGGGAACAUAAAUAACGCUCUAAGCACCCUUCCAAGGUCACUGAGCAUAGCAAGCACUUCUGUAGGGGUGCAUUGCAUGACAUUCUUUCCGAUUGCAACGAUAAUUGCUAUAACCGGAUCAUCAAUAACGACAGCUGGUACAACCGCCAGCAGUUCUACAUUUGCCUUAGGUGGCAAAGCAUUUACAUGUGCAUCUAUGACCACUAAUGGCUGCACACUACGACAACGGAGAUCCUGAUGACACGGACGCGUGGUAAGGAUCGUUGUCACAUCAACAUCAACUCUUUCAAUGGGUUGAACGCCGUUAGCGCACUAUAUGCUAACCAACAGAAGUUACAUCAAAGGAUGAAUAUUUUAUAGUAGCCCACACGACCGUACGCACCGCAAAAGUCAUCCAAGGACGAGACACUGAAUUACCAAACUCAGCCUGUUCCAAGGUUCAUACGCGGGACCUAACCGCAUACGCACAACCUUAAGAAGAUCAUGGUAAUUCAAUAACUACUGUCUAUAACCAAUCAGCGUGCGUCAGGUUUACCCAACCAAUUUCCACGAUGAGCAAUCGUAUACUAUUCAUUGCUCCAUUAUCUCUACUCACAGCCAACGAUAACCACAACAAACGCGGCCGACAACUUUCUCGCGCACGGACGACAUAUAAGCCUGAAAUUAGUGAUCUUCACUCCCGAGCUCCUAAUAAGUCUAAGCGCUCCUCCCACGCUUGCACGCGGAAGCAACACUAGACUGGGGGACAUGACGAGGUAUGGUACUAGACCCGACCCGAGUGGUCGGACUCUCUUAUUAUUUAUCACUUUUAUAGUAAUUAUAUGUUAUUAUUGCGUACUAACCCGCGAAGCCCAGCGCGCUGUAGUUUGUAUACUACACUAGGCUGUGGGCUCGUAGAGACAACCCCUAACUGGGCCUGGCCCAUUGAGGUUAGGGUUUUCCCAUAUCUCCUAUAUAAGAAGGUUUCCACCUCCUUAUUAGGGCAUGAGAUAUAGGGCAAUACUUUUGUAGCUGGAAAUAGGGGAUUCUUCCUCUACCGGCCGUCUCUACGAUUGCCCUCGUUUCUCUCUUAUUAUUUGCAGGUCUAGGAUUCGGGCGAAGAAGACGAGAUGUGGCCAGGUUCGUAUUCAUCACCGUAGAAGUUCUGACCCGCUCAGGUCAUUGCUUCUUCAAGUAACAAACUCCUUCUUGGCCUUUUAUCAUUUGUGGCGCUAGAAGGUAUGGUUUUAUGGCUAUUGUUACAUCGCCUAGUGACUGAAUAGCCGAACAAAGAACCGAAUCACACAAACCUUCACUUGGAAUUUAUUGUUCAGAGAAAACAUUAGUGGCCCAUAUCUUUCACUUAGGGAUCUCAGUCUUCAAGAUCUUCUGAUUUCAGCUUCAAUAAGUGGAAGAAUCCAACCAAUCAAGGCAGUAAAAUCGAGCCCCAUAUAAACAUAUCUGAGAAUCUUCACCCCAAAUGAGCACCAACUUACAUUAUACAGCGGAAGAAUAAGAACAGAGAAUAAAGCUCCAACUCCAGAGGGAACCGUAGAGCCAAACAAUGAGAACCAAAGAACAUCAAGAACCCAUGAAUCACAUAAUUAGUCUGAACUAAACUUCAAGAAUUCCAGUAGAUCAGACGAUUUGCAAGGUCAGAGAAGUCCUCUGAAUAGCCUAGACCUUACUAGACUUCUACAAUCUUGGAGAAAAAAAAAACUACUGAACAUUUUUUUUACUUCAAACAACACCAGGCACCACUCGAAACCCUAGGAUUUGAACAAACCCUAACUUUGUAGAUCAGAUCUGGACAAGAACAAUCGAAUCUGCCUAAAAAUUUCACAAAAUCUUGAGCGAACCACCAAGAACCUCCACAUACCUUGUCUUUAACGAUCAGAAAACAAUCAGAUCUGAACAGAAUCCUCAUCUGACCUUCACUACAACGGAAUUAAACUAUAGAUCGGAGCCUUGAAGCUCUGAUACCAUGUCAAAUUUAUGGCAUCAAAUACUCACACUUCAGAAAAUACCCAAACCAAAAGUUUUAUUAACCCGGAAGAAGAACUGAACAAUAUAAAUAUGAACUAAGAAAUCUCAACACUCUAACUCUCAUAAGACCAUCAACAUGACGAUCUUAUCUAAACGAUAUAAAGACUCACAACGAUCUGUGAAUCAACACGAUUCACUGAUAACCGAGAGAGAACCCUGAAGUGUAUGAGAGAUAUUUUCUGUAUAUUGUGUCUCAAUACACACUUCUGUUUAUAUAGGCCCAUUUGUCAACAUAACAACCCAGCUGUGCUUUUGGGCCUUCAACGAUUCAGCAACACAACAGGCCCAUUAUAUCAUCAGUCCAACUGUUCCACUGUUCCAAUGCCCAGCUACAAGCCUGCUCCAUUUCAGCCCGCUUGAAUCAACGUACAAUAAUCCAGCAAGCCCAACGAACAUACAAAAAUAAAAAAACAAUAAUAUUAAUAUUAAUAAAAUGUUUGGUAAAAAACUGGAACAAAUAUAGUAUUAUUUUAACAGGGUGGGGGAAUAGAGAACAUAAAACUGUUGACAUUCCACCCUAUCCAUAUGUCAAUGAUUCAGGCCUUGUUACACCACUAAAACUCUAAGAACAUGAGUAGUCGUUGGGUGAAUAAUGCCCCAUCCUAGAGCGUUUUGCGUCAUAUGACAGCCCAGUCAGCAAUGGGGCAUUAUUGGGCCUUUUUACAAAUGAGGUGUAGUGGGAUGUAGGGCAUUAUGUUAAAUGAGAUGUAAUAUAAUUAAAUAAAACAAAAACCAUCAAAAAAUCUUAUUGGAUAAAAAAUAUGAAGAUGGAAGGUGAUUGGACAAAGAACUGGGGGCAAGGCGUAUUUUAAAUCACGUUGGAGUAGGGAUGGCAAUGGGUCGGGUUCGGGUCGGGUAUUGGUAAUCCCAUACCCAUACCCGGUUAUAAAAUUGUGUCACAUACCCGACCCAUUACCUGUCGGGUAAUUACCCGUCGGGUAUCGGGUAUACCCAUUAUUUUGUUAAAAGAUAUACGUUGAAAUUUCUAAACACAUUUUUCUACUAUUAUAAUUAUUAUAUAAUUUUAUUUAUACAACUACUAGGUUAGAACCCCGUGUAUUACACGGGUUGAAUAAAUGUAAUUUUAAAACAAUUAUUCUUUAAAAAUCUUGUUUAUUACACGGGUUGAACAAAUGUAAUUUUAUAUAUUAAAUAAUAAAAAAAUUAUAUCUCUAAGAACCCCAUGUAUUGUACUGAAUAAAUGUAAUUUUAUAUACCAAAUAAUAAAAACAUGUGUAUUGCACGAGUUGAAUAAAUCUAAUUAUAUAUAAUAAAUUAUAAAAAAAAGUUAUAUCUUUAAAAACACUAUGUAUUACACGGAUUGAAUAAAUGUAAUUUUGUAACCUUGUAUAUUACACGAGUUGGAUAAAUUUAAUUUUAUAAACUAAAUAAUAAAAAAAGUUAUAGCUUUAUAAACCUCAUGUAUUAUACGGGUUGAAUAAAUCUAAUUAUAUGUACUAAAUCAUCAUCAUCAAACAAUCCCACGAGUAGCAAAGCUAAGGUAGGGUCUGAGGAGGGUAAGAUGUAGAGGCUGUUUUCAGUGAGACCCCCGGCUCGAUAGUAGUUUUGCAUCAAACCUUGGACAUAAGGCACAUAACACUCAGCAAUCAGGACAAAGACCGAUUUGAAAAAUCAAAAACAGAAUUAUAUUAUUAGCUUCUCUUCCUAAUCAGUGUUUUUUUUAAAGUUUGAUCUAAUGUAAUAAGUUAUUUUGUAUAUUUUGUUUGUACUUGAAAUUUUUUAUAUGAGCGUAUUAUUGUUUUUUAAGUUUAA